AUGCCUGUAAAGCAGAAUUCUUCAUGGAUUCUUAAAGCUAUCCUUCAGCAAAGGGACUCGCUCCAACAGGUAGAGGGGUGGAACAACAUGAAGGGUAAGAUUAUCACAAGGAAAGUUUAUCAAAUGUUGAGAGUGGAUUAUGCUGUGGUAGGUUGGAGACAAACUAUGUAUCAAAAUAUGGCUCGGCCUAGAGCGCUUUUUGUUUUCUGGCUAGCGUGUCAUUGCAGGCUGGCAACCAAAGAUAGGCUUCAGAAAUUUGGUGUGAUAGUCAACCUGAAGUGUUGUUUCUGUCACAAUGAUGAAACUAUUAACCACCUUUUCUUUGGCUGUAUUGAGUUGAAAAAUAUCUGGCAUAAGGUUCUCAGGUGGUUGAAAGUCGAUCAUGUCCCCAUGGAGUGGAAUGAGGAAUUAAGAUGGAUCACUAGAUCUAGCAAAGGAAAAGGGUGGAAGGCCCAACUGCUCAAAAGUGCGGCUGCUGAAACAGUUUACACAUUGUGGAAAUAUAGGAAUGAUGUUUGUUUUGGUAAUCAAGUAUAUAAUACAAACAUAGAUGAAGAUAUUAUCAACACUAUAGUUUAUAGAGGUUGGAGAAGUCCUAAAAUUAGGGAGCAUAUUGCUCAUUUGCUUAUUUAG